AUGACGGAUCCUAGCCAGCGCGCGAAGGCUUGGCCGUUGGCUGAAUCGGAUUUGAAUGAUCAGAUCUUGGAUCUCGUUGAGCGAGCUUCACAGUUCAAACAGCUGAAGAAGGGAGCCAAUGAAGCAACAAAAACUCUGAACCGUGGUAUCGCGGAGAUUAUCAUCUUGACAGCCGACACGGAACCCUUGGAAAUCCUACUGCACCUCCCUCUGUUGUGUGAAGAAAAGAACGUGCAGUAUGUCUUUGUUGCUUCCAAGGCAGCUUUAGGCCGUGCUUGCGGCGUAUCGAGACCUGUCAUCGCUGCGAGUGUCACAACCAAUGAGAACAAGGAGCUGUCUAGCCAAAUCCUGACGAUCAAGAGGGCGAUAGACAAGCUCAUGAUCUGA